AUGGUAAAAACAUACAUAUAUACAGAUAAUUGUGAAGAACUACUUGAGUGCAGUGAUAUCGAGGAUACAGACUCAGGUCUGGUGGCGGACGCUUCAGAUGUGUUGCCAGAUGAAGAGACGCUUGAUUUUGAUUACGAGUUAGAACUUGAUCUAAGCAAUGAAAACUUUGGAGAACUUUCCGAAAAAUUAGACAAUAACUGCAUCGACAGCAAUAUAGAAAAGUUUGUACCGAUUGAAAAUCUGUCAGAUAGUUCGCAGCAUGUACCACAAAAGAAUGAAAGCAAAUCUGGAAAAGUUUCUGAAGAAAAUAGCGGGAAAGUAACAACUUUUAGCAGAGAGCAAGCAAGACAAUGGAGAAGAAAGAGGAUAUUAAACUCUCAACCAAUCACACAACCUGUAUUACAUAGAAAACCACAGAACUUAGAACCACUUCUUCCCUUACCAGAAAAAUUAAAACCGUUAGGUUCGAAAGGGAAAAACUUAAAAAAAAAUGAUAAACUUUUAAAGAAAUUAAGCGAUCCACUUCUGGGAGGAGAAAAAAUCAGAAGCACAAGAGGUCCACUUCCUAUGAAAUUAAGAGCAUUACCCGAAUCCUUUUGGAAAGAACCAAAAUCUGUUCACACAAGUUCAUUGGCUGGAAAUCACUACUCAGUACUUCCACCGCUUUUCUCAUCAGAGGAAAGCAAUAGCAAUCAAGAGGUGUUAAAUAUCCGCCCUGUAACGCCGCCUGAUGAAAGAAAACAAUCUCCUGGACAUUCCCCACGCCAUAAGAAGAAAUGGGAGAUGAAAUCUGCACCAAACACCGAACUUUUGUUUAGUUUAUUUGAUAGUCUUGAAAAUAAAGUUGAUGAAAGAUUAAUUGUUCGUAGAGGGAGACCGAAAAAGAACCACUUGGAGCGAAUACCACCACCGCCAGCUAGAGAUAAAAACGAUGAUCCAUGUAUAGUCGACGCUUUGGCUGACAAACUAUUUCCAGAAUUAUCCUUACAUCAAAAACCUGGAAAAGAAAAGUCAGCAUCGCAGAAUUUCGCUAUUGUUAGGAUCGGGAAGGGAGAAAGAACGAUAGAAUUUCCUGCUAUUCAAGUGGACCAAAAUUAUCCAGCAAUUUUAAAUGAGCUUGUCACACAUAUGUGAAUUUUAUCACAUAUUUAAAAAUUGAACAUAUUUUUUACAAAUGUAAAUAUUUAUUUUUUAUUAGAUGCUAUAUGUAUAUUUAUGUUGGGAAACUUUAAAGCUGUUUUUAUAUGUAUAUAUGAUAUGCUGGGUAAAAGAAAAUUUAUGUUGUUAGUUAUAUACGCUCAGAAUAGAAAAACUGAUAAAUGUAUAAAA